AUGGUGGACUCCAGCCCAGACUCAGCGGGCCAUGGGAGCUCGACUGCAGAUGACCUUACCUUAACUAAAAGGGACCUACAGGCGCUCCUACUGGAUGCCACUACCGACAUCAAAGCGCACACAGCGGUGGAACUGGACCGUCCUCUACAGGCCCUGAAGUCGGACAUCGAGGCCUUGUCCCGACGGACCGACCAGACUGAAGCACGCUUGACAACCCUAGCUGAUACCUCCCGCUCCCAUUCCCAAGACAUCACCUACCUCCAUAGGAAAAUAGCGUCAUUAGAAGAGGAUCUGGAGGAUCUCAACAACCGGUCGCGCCGGAAUAAUAUCCGGGUCCGGGGCCUCCCUGAGUCAGUGUCAGUGCCUCCUGAUCGCCUGCAGACAACGCUAGUCGACUUGUUCCGGUCCCUGCUGCCUGAAGCACACAGAGCUCUCCGGGCCCCGGUCUUUAGCCCGGCCACCCCGAGGGAUGUUAUUGUUCGUCUACACAGGUUCCCAGUUAAGGAACUGCUGCUAUGGAAAGCGCGGCAAAAUCCACCGCUGUACCAGGGCAAGAAGGUGGCCUUUUUCCAGGACCUGGCGCCCCUGACCCUUAAAAAGAGAAGGGAUCUUCGGCAGCUAACACUUACCCUCACUCAUUACGGAAUCCGGUACAUGUGGGGCCACCCCUUUAAAUUGGUGAUCCGCAAGGAAAACCAGACCCACAUCCUCAGUACCGCGUCGGAGAUGGCCCCCUUUGCAGCAUCCUUGGGCCUGGAGCUUCUCCCACCUCCCUCUCAAGCAGCAUCGCGACCCAGGGGAAGACCUGGAGGGGCGACCACUGGGGCAGACCGCUCACCUCGCCGCACGCCAAGGAAGAGAGCAUCGGAGAUGGAAAGGAGCCCCCGGAGGCCACCACAGAUGAGGCAGAGCUAA